CGCCCGAUUGCAGCUCGGGUGGUGGCGGUUUUGGUACUCGAAGCCGGGAGCGAGGAGUCGUUCCCCGGAGAGGUAGCUAGGCUAUGAUCGCCGGUCCCCGGCGUCCCGCUCCGGCCAGCCAGCGCUCCUGUCUGCUCGUGCUCGAGCGGUCUCGUCUGCCCGGCCCCGCGGCGCUGUUGGCCGCGGCGCCCCCGGCGCGCCCCCUCCUCCGAUGGCGGCGGAGAUCCAGCCCAAGCCGCUGACCCGCAAGCCCAUCCUGCUGCAGCGGGUCGAGGGGUCCCAGGAGGUGGUGAACAUGGCCGUGAUCGUGCCCAAAGAGGAGGGCGUCAUCAGCGUGUCAGAGGACAGGACAGUUCGUGUUUGGUUAAAGAGAGACAGCGGACAAUAUUGGCCAAGCAUAUACCAUGCAAUGCCUUCUCCAUGUUCAUGCAUGUCUUUUAACCCGGAAACAAGAAGACUGUCCAUAGGUCUAGACAAUGGUACAAUCUCAGAGUUUAUUUUGUCUGAAGACUAUAACAAGAUGACUCCUGUGAAAAACUAUCAAGCGCAUCAAAGCAGAGUGACGAUGGUCCUGUUUGUGCUGGAGCUGGAGUGGGUGCUGAGCACGGGACAGGACAAGCAGUUCGCCUGGCACUGCUCUGAGAGUGGGCAGCGUCUGGGAGGUUAUCGCACCAGCGCCGUGGCCUCAGGCCUGCAAUUUGAUAUUGAAACCCGGCAUGUGUUUAUCGGUGACCACUCAGGCCAAGUAACAAUCCUCAAACUGGAGCAAGAGAGCUGCACACUGGUCACAACGUUCAGAGGACACACAGGUGGGGUGACUGCUCUCUGCUGGGACCCAGUCCAGCGAGUGUUGUUCUCAGGCAGUUCUGACCACUCUGUCAUCAUGUGGGACAUCGGUGGGAGGAAAGGAACAGCUAUCGAACUCCAAGGACACAACGACAAGGUCCAGGCCCUCUCCUAUGCACAGCACACGCGGCAGCUCAUCUCCUGCGGUGGUGACGGCGGCAUUGUCAUCUGGAACAUGGAUGUGGAGCGGCAGGAGACCCCUGAGUGGUUGGACAGUGAUUCCUGCCAAAAGUGUGAUCAGCCUUUUUUCUGGAACUUCAAGCAAAUGUGGGACAGUAAGAAAAUUGGCCUAAGACAGCACCAUUGCCGGAAGUGUGGGAAAGCCGUCUGCGGCAAGUGCAGCUCCAAGCGCUCCUCCAUCCCCUUGAUGGGCUUCGAGUUCGAAGUGAGGGUUUGUGACAGCUGUCACGAGGCCAUCACAGAUGAAGAGCGUGCACCCACGGCGACCUUCCAUGACAGUAAACAUAACAUCGUGCAUGUGCAUUUUGACGCAACCAGGGGAUGGUUACUGACUUCCGGAACUGACAAAGUCAUUAAGUUAUGGGAUAUGACCCCAGUAGUGUCUUGAUGACUGUCCUAGGAAUCAGAAAGAUAGUAUGUACUAAAGAAAUGGUUGUCUUAAUCCAAAUGAUACUGGAGAAGUAAAGCAAAGCAGACUUGUGAGAAGUAAGAGAAAGUAAAGACCCUAGGGGAACGCGCGUCUUACCUACGCAGUCAGUGGUGAAGAGCAAAAGAACAUUCGCAGGGACUUUUCCACUUGUUCAUAAAAUAUAAAGAAGAUAUUUUUUUAACAAAUGGUUUCUACAGUCUGGCUAUGCUACAUUGUUUUCCCACAUUCUUUAAGUAUGCUGAAAACAUCUGUGUGGGGUGUUUAAUUUUUAUAUUUUCCAGCCCUCCAUUUUACCUGUUGCUUUGUGUGUUGGAGAAAUACGAGAACUAUCUGUUCAGAGUAUUUUGGUCAUUGUAGUUUCCACGUCUUCUUCACUGUGGCGUAUGGCCAGCAUCUUUUGCUUCUCUUCUUUCACCUACUUGCACCCUCUGUGCUGUUUGCCAGAGUCUGUGUAUUUAUGUGUUUAUUCCCAGUGUUCAUGCUUUCGUUUCUUCUCAGUGGAGAGAUAGGAAAAGCAUUUGUAUGGCUCCACCAGCCAGCUUCUUGAAUUACCUAAAGAAUGAUCCGUCUCCGUUGUCUGACCCGUUCAUGUCCUCACGUAGAAGUGACUUCGUGUUUCUGCCUCAGGUUUGUGUGUUUCCCACUUUAGAAAAUGCUGUGAGAAAGAUGUUCCCACCAUCGUCACCCCAGAAGUAGAUGGUUAGAACUCACAGCUGCAACCAUCAGUGCCUGGAUCACUUAGCAUCAGCUGGGGCCUCCUGAGCCUCUUACGUGUUAGGGUGUUUUUUGUUUUGCUUUGCUAUGUUUUGUUUUGUUUGUUUUGUUUUUACAUAGCUCUUACUUAAACCAUUCAGAGCAAAAACCUACAAGCUCCAAAAAUAAAUGUCUUUAAGAUUUGUUUUCUGUGCAACAUUAUCUCUGAACUGGAACAUGUAUUACUAUAAGAUUGUAAUCCUGCUCUCUGUCCUAACCAUCUAUAUUUUCUUACCCUUCAAAUUUGACAAAUAUUUUAUCUUACUGUAUGUCAUCCGAACAUUUGCACACUUUCCUCCUGAGACUGUGUGUGAUCUGAGAUGCAUAGGUACUGAAUGCUACAGCUCCUGCUGGGUUCCUAUUGGGGACAUAAAAGGAUUUCAGAAAAUGAACAGGGAUUCUUACUUCUAAGGGAAUCCAAUCAAACUUGAUAAAUGAUCACCUCAGGAUACUGAGGUCCUUUUUUAAAACCCUAUUUUCAGUGUAAAAAGAGAAUUAAAAUGAGUGGCAAGCAUGUGCCAGGUACCCGCCCCAAUUUGUGCCCUUUAUAUGGAUACCACCUCAUGAGAGCCUCACCUGUCAGCAAUCUUCGGGGCUCACCAAGACUCUUGAAGAUCGCCAGGUUACACAAAGUCUCACAGAUCAACAGGUCGCUUGCCUGCUUUCCCCCCUCUGGGUCCCGUCUCCACAGAGGCUGUUCACUUCCGACUUGACAAGUUUGGGGUGGUAGAUAGGAGUUCGGUGAAAUAGAAAUUCUCCCUGUUACUGUUUCUCUCCUGGAAAGCAUUUUAGUCCCCUCACAAUCAUUCAUUGCUUUUCCUAGCUGGUGAUACUCACUGAAAGUUACAGUGGGAUACCGCCCCAACCCUGACCCGGUACACUCCCCGGGGAUGGGGCUUCCUGGAGGUGAUUCUGCUGGUCCAGCAUUGGGAAGCAGGGCCAUGGUGUGUGUCCUGUGUAUCUGUGGCACAUGGCAGCCAUCACCUGAGGCCAGCACUCUUGAGGAUGCACACAGGCCUGCACACACAAGGACAUCACCACCAUCUGUCACUUCACUGCCCAUUCCAUGCUACUGUUGCUUGUGUCCCAUCAGAGCUGUUAGAACUCCUCUGAGUCUGUUCUGCAUGGUUGCUGUGUAAGACAGCUUUUAAAAAGGGAUUGCAUUUAAAAUACUAGACUAUCUGUUUUGUAGUGUAUUACUAGAACCUGUGGCCACUAACUAUGUUGUAUUAAUAGAGAGCUGCGUGCUGGAAGUGGGUAAUGGAAAUGAAUCACUCUGUUUUCACUUCCUGGACUUCUGCAGCUGGCCUGCAUAUAGAGAAGGAAAUGCAGUUUGAGGGAGGCAGGCAUUCAGGCUCCCAGCAGGCUUUGUGUGGAUUCCCAGUUAGGUACGGUUGCGCUCAGACCUCACUUGGAAGGCUGAUUGCCGCCCUUAGAUCACACGUGGACACUGUGUCUCUCUGUUCCGUGACCCUGUGCUUCAUCCCACCCACCUUCCUCCCAGCACUGCUGUGGUCUAGCCCACAGAGCCACUCAGAGGUUGAAAUCUCACUAGUGAUGAAAAUCAUGAUUGAAAACCACAGACAUUUCAAGGUAUCCAUUGCUCUGCCCUUUGAUUUCGCCUUAUCUCUGUGGGUGCUUGAAUUUGGUGAACAGUUGAUUUAGCAAAUUAAUUGUGUGUGUUUGUAAUACUGAAUUCUUGCAUUUUGCAUUAAGUAUCUCCAUUUCUGUAACCUAUAGAGAAAUAUGUGCUGGUGUUGGAUGUCUUCCAAGCAUUUUGUGGAAAUACAGGCUUCAUUCAUUAUGAGUGAAAGGUGGCACCAGCACUUGGCUUUUCUCCUGUCCAGGUGAAAAUCAUAGCUCUUACUAUAUACCCUAUUGGAUUUGCACUUUACAUAUAUUUUUGCUGUACUGUUUAAACAUACAGCAGCUCUGGCAAAUAAUGCCUACCGUGGCUGUGCUGAAGAAGUAACGGACCUGCACUUCAGAGUCGUUCCCUUUUUGGUAGAAUGAAAUUAAUCUCAUGUUCUUGAUUCCCCCAAAGGAAUGACAUUGCUGGAGUCUGCAGCUGCCUGCGUGGAUCUCCAUAGUAGCAAAAAUGGUUUGACUAAAUACUUGGAAUCCUGUGUCAUUUUUUAUAUGAAGUCAAUCAACCAUAAUGUAUUUCUUUUUUUAAUGUUUGAAUUAUUCAGAGAAUCAUAGUCAUAAAACUGGAAGAGAUCUUGAGAUCUAGAAUGUUCCUAGCAGAAAGAUUGCCAGGCAGUUAGAUAUAACUGAAGCAUAAACAAGAGAAUCCAAAAGAAUAUUCAAGGAAUGAUUGUUUUUUAAUAUUACCUAGUAACAGCAUGAGCUGGAGGAGUGACUGCAGCCCCUUGAGACAGUGAGCUCUCUGGAACCGGUUUGUUCUUGUCAUUGGAAGCGUAUUUGACACCGCUUUUGGCCCCAGCCCUGUGGUUAUUGCAGUAAUGAGUAUGUACUCUUCUCAGGAGGCAAUUAUGGUAGUUCCUCACCCACGUAAAUUCCUUUCCACACUCCCCCACGGAUCACCCCAGGAGCAAAACAAGUGGAAAUCCAGGGGUCCCAGUCUGUUGAAGGCCAGGCUUGAGUGAGUCUCUCGAGCAUCACCAUUUGUCCUUCUGGUAGCACAAUUCAGCCUUACCUUCUGAGGUUCACUUUUUAAAAAUGCAAUGUGUUUUUGUUUAACAUUAAUCCUUACAGCUUGAGUUUUGGCUUUUAAGCGAAAGAGUGGCUGUAAACUCUGUCAUAGUUAGUGGACAUAAAUAUUCAUUAAAUGAGAUUCCUUUGGUUUUGCCUUUUCAUAAUUGUAUGUAAGGGAACUUGUUCACAGAGAUUUAUAUCUUAAAGUGAAAGAAAAGUGUUUUGCCAGAAUGUUCUCAUUUUUCUCCUUUAAAAUAAUGUCAGGUUAAAUUUUGCCCAGUGUGAAAGUGGAUAUGUAGCAGCUUGAUUACAAAACAUAGAAAUUAACUCAGUUGUGAGCACUGAGCUACCUAGAUUGAUCCUUGCAGCUCAGUGCUGGGGUAACCAUGUGUCUGAGACCCCUUCCUGGCCAGGCAGAGCCCACACAGAUGAGUACAUGGGCCAUCCCAGCACCGUGUGAUUAAUGUGAUGAUAGGUGUGUGCUUGAGGCCCCAGCCAGCGUGACCCUUCUGAGCAGAGAAUAAAAUCUAGGCUUCAGAAACAGCACAGAUAAGCCUGAAGUCUGCCAUGAGCCCGGAGUACACAGAAACCACAGGAGGUGGCAUUGCCAGAGAACAUCAAGUGACUCAGCAGCAGGCCUGGAGCCUAAGCCCUUGUAGCCACUAAGACACCAGUGCUCCAUGGCCUCGUAGCCUGGGAGAGGGAGGGCACACCCCGUCUCCUGAGCCAGAUUUACUCAGAAGCUUACCCUGCAGCUAGCACUAGUACCUGCUGCCUUUUCUUGGGAAAUCUCAAGAAUUGGUACCUAAAAAUGACCCAUGGUAGCUAAUGCUUGGAUUUUUCCGGACACAUUGCCUUUCACUUAAAGCUGAGAUACGGAUCUGGAGACCAUGCAUGCACAGUCCAUGGAAGAAUAUGGCUAACUAAAUUAAAUUAUAGGCUUGCCACACUUAACUGACCUGCUGUGGAGAAGGGAAGGCUGGGCCGCAGUAACAGCUGGGGCAGGAAGAGAUUGUUCUAGUCGGGGGCGGCGUUGCAUUCAUGUGCAACACGAAGCACUGCCAGGCACAGACAGGCGGCCGCCCCGGUAGUCCCUGUCCCCCUCAGCCUUAGGCUGCUCUCAGAAGUAAUGGGCCCUUCCUGUACCGUGUAGCCCAUGCCAGGAGUCUGCCACCGGGGCACCCCCCCAUGCAAAAGGGAAGGAAUUCUCUCAAUUCAGUUAGGGGACACAGCGCUCAGGCAGCCACCUGGCUCCCAAAGAGCUGGCUCUGCUGAAGGAGGAGUACCUCUUGGUAGCGCCCGAAAGUGCCUGUGUAUUUCUUGCUGUUACAUUAUUUGCCUUUUUGUCCGUAACUGAAUUCGGAAAUGUCUGUGUUCAUGUUUAAAUUUUAGCUCAGCUUUACAACCAAAAGUGAAUGCCAACCCUCGGGUUUUAGUUUGCAUUUUGUCUUUUAAUGUUAUCCUUCCCACCAAGAAGCUUCUUCAGGUCUAGCACAUGGCAGCAGUGUCUGAAAAUUAGGUCUGCCCUACGUUGGAGGGGGUGCCUCCCUUGUAUUUCCCAUGCCAGGCAAGCUUUUAUAAGACAGUAGGUAGAGGUGUUGAGGAGAUAAAACCCUUGUCAGAGAUGAUGAGAAGGAGAUAAAGCCUUUGAGGAUGGAUGAAUUCAUAGUCCUUCUUAAGGCCCCUUCAGAUCUUGUGAUUCUGUCAGUGUUAACGAACCAACCCAAACCAUUACCGGCACAGGGCCGACGUCACUCUGACAAAUGAGGGCAUGUUGCCAUGCGUAUGGUUUCUGCCAUAUCAAAUGAAUUGGUUUCUGGAUUUUUCCAUCUGACCCCUAGUGGGUAUGGCAUUAGAAAACUAUAAAGGUGGAAGUUAAUCUUGGUACCAUCUCAUUAUAAAUACAUACCUCAAAAUACUCACCUUUAUAAGUCAAGACUACCUGACUUUCUUGGGAGAGGAAGUAUCUGGGAAUUGCAUGUUGAUUCAAAGUUUGGAACCCGACCUUGAUAGUCAUGAUUCUUUGAGGUUGUUUUCUUGGUCCUCUGGAACAUAUGAGAAGGUAAACUAUAACUCAAAAGAAAAAAAAGAAAGUGGUUUUUACAAAAGUAUCUCCCUUACAUACUUUUUUGUCAUCUGAGUGAUGGAAGCCUGUUGCCAGUCGCCAGGACAAAGUAUAGACUAAAAUAUUUGUGUCGCCAUUAACCAUUGUAUUCAUUGGCAUCUUCUGCUCUUUGCCUUGUUUUUUAAAUUACUUUGGCUUUCAAGGUACUGUCCUUUUGCAAAAGAAAAUGUACAAAAAUUGCUAUUAACUGGACAACAGGGAAGGUGCUGGCCCCACGUCCGUGCCUACCCACCACUGGCUCCGUAGCCAGGGACGCAGACACCCACUGGCACGGCCAGCAGGCUGGAUCCACGUCUGGACCUGGCUGCAGUGGGCUUGUUCUUCAUAGCUAGCUUUCUUUUUCUGAAAUGAGAUUCUCCAGGGCUGAGGCUGAAUGUAGUAAGACUGAAGCUAAAACAGCUCUCUCCAGGGUGGUUCUGGCAGAACUCCUCUGGCAGUUGCCCUGUCCUUUGCUGCUGGAUCCCAUCAACCACACCAACAGUCUUGACGUGGACCUCCUGAAUGUGAUGCGGCGGUACUGUACGAGGGUGUCCUGUGAUGACAUGUCUGUAUCCAGUCCUUCAUCCUAUGCUGCUGAACAUAAUGAAUGUUUUCACUCUGCUCAGCUUCCCACUGUGCUGCGUCUAACCUCUAAUGUACGUGUAGCCAUUACCUGUGUAAGGCUCUCUGUGCAGAGUUGGCCCUGUGGUUUAAAAUAAAUGUUUGUGAACACCUGCCUGCAA